GGUUAUUUCCGUUGCGGCCGUUGGCGGCUCGCGCGGUCGCUGUGCGCGCGCGGCUCCCUCACACAGCGUCUUCCCCCCCCCCGCGGUGCCGUCCCCUCAUGGCGACUCCCCCCAAGCGCGGGCGGUUGGAGGGCAGGGUGAAGAAGAUCGCCGUGGAGGGCAACAUCGCUGCAGGGAAAUCAACGUUUGUGAAUAUUCUCAAACAAGCUGAUGAAGAAUGGGAAGUUGUUCAUGAGCCUGUAGCUAGAUGGUGCAAUGUUCAACAAAAUUCGGAAGAGGAUUGUGAGGAGCUGACUACAUCACAGAAGAGCGGUGGAAAUGUGUUUCGGAUGAUGUAUGAUAAACCAGAGAGGUGGUCUUUCACUUUCCAGACGUACGCCUGCCUCAGCAGGAUUCGGGCUCAGAUCAAAUCCCUUGAAGGCAAACUCAGAGAGGCAGAGAAUCCUGUGGUCUUCUUCGAACGAUCUGUCUACAGCGACAGAUACAUCUUUGCAGCUAAUUUAUAUGAGUCUGAUUGCAUGAAUGAAACAGAAUGGACUAUUUACCAAGACUGGCAUGACUGGAUGAAUAAGCAGUUCGGUCAAAGCCUAGCGCUGGAUGGGAUCAUUUAUCUCAGAGCUACUCCUGAGAAAUGCUUAAAUAGGAUUUACUUGCGUGGAAGAGAUGAAGAACAAGAAAUUCCCAUCGAAUAUCUGGAGAAGCUUCACUACAAACAUGAAAGCUGGCUUCAGCAUAGGACACUGCGAACGGAUUUUGAAUAUCUACAGGAAAUACCUAUCUUAACAUUAGAUGUUAAUGAGGACUUCAAAGGCAAAAAGGACAGAUAUGAUCACAUGACUGAAAAGGUGAAGGAAUUUUUGAGCACAUUAUAAUCCUCUUUGAAGCACAGACGGAGCCAAACUGUUCCAAACAUCUGUGUGAUCAAAGUCUGAAGUACAUUUUCUGCUUUUAUAGAAGGCCUCUGGAGAGGCAGGACUCAACCCUGUUGAUUUAAUUGUGAGGAACAAACUCUGUGAAUAGAGAAAUUAUUAAAUAAAUCGCUAGGUCUGAGGAUUAUACAAAGUAAUAUGGACAAAUUCUGAAGAUACUAGAAUCCUGCGAGUUCCUGAAUAUUCUGCCUGUUUCUGAUCAGAUAAAUAACUUCUGGAGUAUUUUAUAGCAUUUUUUAAUUUAUUUUAUGACCAAUAGCUAUUUAAUUUUCAAGGAAGUAGUGUUUUUUUUAGCUCUCAUGAAGUUUUCUAGUGGAGUUGACUUGUUACUGGUGUCUUACUGUUCUGAGGAAGAAAACAUAAACGCUUAUGCUGGUGAGGAAAUUUUAAUAUAUCCAGGAGUUUUAUAUUUACAAGAUAUACAAAAAGUCAUCUGAUAAUUUUGAUAGGUGAAGUUGUUUUCAGAAUACACUGAAUCGAAACAAAUCGAGACGUUGCAAACUCUGGAGAUACCAUCUUAGUUUUUAACCUGUUUUUAUUGUGCACUGCAAGAUAGAACAUUAAGAGGCUUUCAUUUCUCUAGCAUGUGUUGUUUUGUUUGUUUGUUUUUUACCCUGAACUCUCCGUAAUACAGAGCUGGUUUUGGCUGUUUGUAAGUCCUUUUUUUUCCUGUAGAGAAGCGUGUUUGUUUGAUAGGUACUGUAAAGGGAAGAAGAAAAUCUUGUAAUUUAGAGCGGAACAUGAUUCACAUGUUUCUAAACGUUUAGUUAGCUAUGUUUUGGAUGUCAGAGGCAGCUUCCUGCUUUUGUUAGAGCUUAUUCAUUUUUUAACUGAGCCUUCAGGGUGUUCAUAUGUAAUACUGCAAUAUUUGGAGUAGGCUGUCCUUAACCAUCAUCUUGUAGUAAGAAGGGGAAAACUCUGUGGAGUAGCUGCUAUUUCAGUGCAUUUUGUUCCAUUAUCGGAGCCACUUUUGUUUCAGGUGCAGAAAAUAUAAACUCUACAGGGUGCAUGUCUUUACGUACUGUUUUAUGUGCUGUUUUGUUCAGCUUUAAGCACUUCCGAAUGAUUGCACAGUUGGCUUUUGAAUGCAAAAAUUUCAUUGUGAAGUAUUUUAUUGUCUACUAUGGUGCCUGUGUAACUUGCUAAUUUGAGAUGAAAUUUCCUCAUUUGUUAUUGGAAUUGUGCUGGUGUUCUCUAGCAUUGACUGAAAAAUAAAAAUGGUUGGAAA